AUGCCUGAAGGAAGACGAACAAAAUUGUUUCCACUUAGAUUCAAGGCGAGGUUGGUUGCCAAAGGAUAUACACAACGCUAUGGGAUUGAUUAUGAGGAGACUUUUGCACCUGUGGCAAAGAUUAAUACUGUCCGGAUUCUAAUCUCACUUGCAGCAAACAAAGAUUGGCCCUUGCACCAGUUUGAUGUGAAGAAUGCGUUUCUUAAUGGGAAUUUGGAAGAAGAAGUGUACAUGGAUGUGCCCCCAGGUGUUAGGAAUUACCCAAGUGACGUUGGCAAGGUAUGUAAAUUGAAGAAGUCUUUGUAUGGCCUGAAGCAGUCUCCAAGAGCUUGGUUUGGAAGAUUUUCAAAGUCCAUGAAAGCCUUUGGAUACAGACAGAGCAAUUCUGACCAUACCUUAUUCAUCAAGCGCAAGAGUGGUAAGAUUACAGCUCUUAUUGUGUAUGUUGAUGACGUCAAUGUUCAUAUUGAUAUGGUCAGGCAUCAUAUCAGAGAAGCAGAGAAGGUCAUUUAUGUUGAAUUUGUGUUAUUAGCUGAAAUCACUCAAGCUUACAAACUCUGGAAGAAAGGUGAUAAAGCUUUGCUAAGCUUACUUGUGGCUACAUUAGAUGAUGAUACUAUGGAAGUUGUAGUUGGUUCUAAAUCUUCAAGAGAUGCUUGGCUGUGUCUUGAUGAAAGAUUCUCCAUUGUCUCAAGGGCCAACAUUAUGCAACUUAAAACUGACCUUCAAACCAUCAAGAAGGGUGCUGACACAGUUGAGAAAUACCUAGUCAAGGUUAAACAUGCUAGAGACCAGCUCUGUUCUGUUGGAGUCACUAUUUCUGAUGAGGAUAUCAUAAUUGACAUUCUCACUAUAUGA